CAGCAACAGUUUCAUCAACAGCAGCCUACACAUGUAUGACCUGCAAGAGAUCCCCGCCAGUAGGAGGUAUGUCGUUGUAGGUGAUGGUCGACUGCUAAAAGUGCAAGCCAUCGGUAGUAUUAAACUUAGUUUCUUUCAGGAGGAUGAGAAUGGUGAGAAAACGACGAUGUGUGUGAAGCUCACUGACGUGUCUGUUGUAGAGAGCCUGAGUUUCAACUUGUUCUCAACGCAUGCUGUUUCUCGGAAGCAACAAAUCCUCUACGACGAACGUGGUGCAACCCUACAAAAUAGGCUGCUCUUUGCUAGAGAGAAAAAAGCGUCUGCAGCGUAUGCCAUGCGGUUGCCGUACGACCCAUCUGCGACUAUUGUAGACCCUGCUGCUUUGCCCGCAUUCGUGACUGCCCCCGAUUCCGCCCCCGCCGUUGGCUCCGCGCGCUCUGCUACCGUAGUACCUUCGAGUGAGAGCGUCCCGCCCACUGGUCCAACCAGUGUAGUACCUGCGAGUGAGAGCGUCCCGCCCGCCGGCUCUGCCGACGUAGUACCUUCCUCGGCGUCCGAGUUUGUGUGUGUGGGUACUUUUCCGGGUAUGUAUCUUGGAGAUACGAGUGUGCUCACCGACGAGCAGCUCAUGGAUGGCUAUGAUGACACCCCACAUCAAGAUUUUUUCCCCGUAUUUAUCCCAGAGAGUGACGCUGCGAAUGUGGCUGGUGUUUUGGAUAGCAUUGACGGAGGUUCUGAUUUUGACUUGGGUGCGGCCGCGCUUGGCCCUGGUGCGUCCCCGUUCACUCUUGGAUCGACCGAAAAGUCCGUUGACAUCAACCGCUUCCACCGCUCCCUUGCCCACGCUUGCGAGCCUCUUUUGAGAGAAACUGCCCAGCAGAGAGGCAUCGUGCUCACCGGCAAGCUGGAACCGUGCACGGACUGCAUGAAGGCGAAGGGCAGGCGAGGGUCGGUGCCGCGGGGGCCGGGAGCGCGGGCGUCCAAGCCACUGGGGUGUGUUCACCUGGACCUGUGUGGACCGCUGAUGCCUUCCAUGGGCGGCAACCUCUACCUGUUCGUCGCCGUGGACAGCGCCUCGCGGUGGAACAAAGUCUACGGUCUCCGGCGGAAGUCCGACGCGCUGGCGGCAACGAAAAGGCUGCUGGCGGACGUGGGGCGGUACGACCUCGGACGAAUCGAAUGUUUCCGCGUCGACAACGGCACAGAGUGGACCCGCGGCGAUUUCCGGCGCUUCUGCGACGACAACGGCAUCGGCGUCGAGUUCACCCCGCCCGGCGUCCCGCAGUACAACGGCGUCGUCGAGAGCGCCAUCUGGCGCAUCAUGAAGGCCGGCAUGGUCGCUCGCCGCAGCGCUGCCCUUGUGCUCAACGUCGAGUUCGCCUCCAUCACCGGCCUCGACCCGCGCGGUGAUCGUCUUUGGAUGGAAUCGGCGAAAUGGGCCGCCGACGCUCUCAACCAAUCGGCGACCAAGGCCAACCCCGGGCGGCGCUCGCCGCACGAGAUGUUCACCGGCGAGCAGGGGCCGUUCCGCGUGCUGCCGUUCUUCCAGCCCGGCUUCAUGCGCGAGGACCGCCGCACCAAGCUCGACGACCAGGCCACGCUCUGUUACUACCUGAACGGCGGCGACAACCACCCGAGCGGCACCGUCAAGGUCCUCAAGGCGUCCACCGGCCGCGUCGUCUACACCAACAACGUGUCGUGGGUGACGUCGGCGCCAGCCGGCGAGGGGGGUUCCGCUGUGAAGAACCUGAGAGAGUUGAGAUGGUAUUCUGGGUGCUUUUACGAGAGGAAUAAGGAGACCGGUAGGUUGACGAUUUCUCAGCAGACUUUCACGGACGAGCUAGCAGCAGAAUAUGGAGUAGUGGGAGGUAGGAGCGUUCCGAUGUCUUCGGGUGUGAAGCUUUCUGAUUUUGAUGCGGAUGAGGUGGCGACAGACUUUCCGUUUCGUGAGCUGGUAGGAUCGUUGAUGUGGCUGGCGACUCAGACUAGGCCAGACAUUGCGAAUGCAGUAAGGGCAGUAGCUAGGUAUUGCGCAUCUCCGAAGCUGGUACACUGGAAUGCAGCGAUGGAGAUUUUAGGCUAUGCGAGGAGGACGAGUCACUUUGGCAUUUCGUUUCAGAAAAGUACGGUGGAGGGAUUAAGCUUGCAGGGGUACGCUGAUGCGGACUUUGCAAGCAAGGCAGCAGACCGUAGGUCGGUGUCAGGGGGGAUCGUGACGUGUGGAGGAGGCGCUGCGUCUUGGUUUUCCAGAACGCAGAAGUGUGUCACGCUUUCGACCACCGAAGCGGAAGACGUCGCGCUAGGUGACGUCGUGAAGGAGAUUCUGUUUUUGGGGCAGAUUUGGCGUUUCAUGUUGCCGCAGGUCGGCAUGCCGUGCGUCCCCAUCUUCGAGGACAACCAGGGGGCGAUUCAACUAGCGCAGAACCCCAUCUCAAACUCGAACUCGAAGCACAUAGAUGUAAGGCACCAUUUUCUCAGGGAACUGGUAGAGAGGAAGGAAAUUUCGGUCAUCCACGUGCCGUCGCCGUACCAGCGUGCAGACUUUCUUACGAAGAGUUUGUCGAAGGACGCUUUCGAGUCUCCCGGUGAUUUUGUGAUGAAUUUGGAAUGAACAUUUUAUUGUUUUUCUGAUGGGUUGUGUUUUGGUCCCGUGUUGUUUCAUUUCCCGCGCCAAGUAUUUGUUCAGCGCGAUGCAGCCUUCAUAUUUCUUUGAAUUGUUGUUCUCUCGUAUAUUAUUCUGGUCAAGUCUUCAUGGUAUAGACUAUCGUCUGGGAAAGACGUCUUUUGGUUGAGAUAUCGGGUGUUAGCGAAGUUUUCAGUGAGAGACUGUUGCGAGCAGGGGGGAUGUUAGAUAUACUCGCAGCAGUAUCUGGUCGUGAGGAUCCCAGGGGGACACGUGUUAGCAAUUUCGUGUGUUGAAGGGUACCACCGGCGCAGUCGCGGGGACCCUUUGGGCGUGGUCAGUGCGAUGAUGAGGAAGGCUCGCGUGCGUGCUGCGCACUUUUUCU